AUGGAGAUAGCAAGUUGUUGGAAGCUUAAGGAUACACGAAGUUACUGGAAGGGAAAGCGCAAGAAGAGUUCGAGAAAGCCUCAGGGCAAGAAGAAGAACGAUCCCCUACCUACCGUCUUCACGUGCUUGUUCUGUAACCACGAGCGAUCGGUCACCGUCGAAAUGAAUAAGAAAUCUGGCGUCGGUGAACUAGAAUGCAAAGUAUGCGGCCAGAGAUUCCAAUGCGGAAUUAACUAUCUUUCUGCGCCUGUCGACGUCUAUAGCGAAUGGAUUGAUGCAGCAGAUGCUGUCGCAAAAGACGAUACUGCUGGAGGCGCCUCUGGCUCAGCCCCGGGUUACCGGUUAGGCUCAAAACAGUCGGCGGCUGGUCGCUAUGACGACGACGAAGACGACCGCGGAUACGAGGGAGAGGGUGUUGUGGGAGAUGAUGACGAGUAUUAA